CAAGUACGAAGGACGAACAAACAAAACGCACCAACUGCAAAUUAGUACUACAAGUUGGGUUUUUAAUAUUUUUGAAAAAGAAAAAGAAACAACGAAUUUCCAUCGUUUUGCACUCCCGGGUUGUGUCCAGCGAUAAUUCAUCCUUACUGAAAGAUAGAAAGAAAGGCACAACUAGGAUGUCUGAUCCCGCUAGCUUUCUUUUUAAAGAUGAGCUUUUGGUUGGAUCGAAAUAUGUGGUUGGAAAGUACAAUAUCACGAUUGAAAAGUACUUGUCAGAAGGUGGUUUCUCGCAUGUUUAUGCUGUGCAAGCAUUCUCCAAUGCAGAAGGGUCUCCUCUUUCAGCAGUUCUAAAACGCAUGUAUGCCGCAGACGAACAAGCUUUGAAUCACAUCAAAUCGGAAAUCAACACAAUGAAAUUGCUCAAAUCAAAUCCCAAGAUUGUUACUUACUAUGAUUCUUGUGUCUUGCCUCUGAGUGAAGAAAAAAAAGAUUAUGAAGUUCUUCUUUUGAUGGAAUAUUGUUCUGGUGGCGGACUCAUUGAUUUCAUGAAUCAGCGUUUGCAGACACGAUUGUCGGAAGCAGAAGUUUUAAAGAUCCUUUCGGAUGUCACACAAGGUGUAGCAGCAAUGCAUCGUCUACGGCCUCCCUUAAUCCAUCGAGACUUAAAAGUAGAGAAUAUCCUUAUGACUUCUUUCUCUUCGUUUAAGCUUUGCGAUUUUGGCAGUGUGACCGAACCUAUGCAUGCCGCAGAAAAUUCUACUGAAAUUCAUGCAUUGGAAAAAAACCUGGCUACUUUUACCACCUAUCAGUAUCGAGCCCCCGAGAUGAUUAAUUUUUACGCCGGGCUGGCAAUUGAUGAAAAAAGUGAUAUGUGGGCUUUGGGUGUCCUGCUUUAUAAGCUUUGUUAUUACACUACUCCCUUUGAAACUCAAGGACCAAAUGCGAUCCUUACUGCUUCUUAUGCUUUUCCUCCUUUUCCUCAUUAUUCUCAUUCUCUAAAGAAUAUUAUUAUUGCUUUGCUUCAGCCAAACCCUUGUUUACGCCCUAACAUCUUCCAAUUAAUGUAUGAAGUUUGUCGGCUUCGCGGAAAACCAUUGCCGUUCGGUGAUUUUUAUGCCGGCAACGAUCCCUCCUUUUAUGAUAUGAGUAAUAGAAAAGUAAUGUCCCUUGUUAGACAAUCUCAAGGAUUAGCCUUUAACCAACAAAUCCCCUCGUCUGCACCAAUGUCCGCCUCUCAUAUUCAAACUUCUCGACCUCCUGUGCCUCCUAUGACACCUCCUACUUACCCUUCUCAUCCAGUGUCUAACCCUUUCUAUGUGCAAGCAGAUAUGUCUGGUGCAUCUCAAAAAAUACGUAUUCCCGUUCCCGUUCAACAGAAUAUGUCAAUGAAUCAUCCAGUUGAUUUGGGGUCUUCAAGGAGCUUGAGUUAUCAUAAUCAACAAGCGAUAUCUCGUCCUGCUUCAGUCGUUACUGAUUCUGUACCCUCUACUCCUUAUGUUUCAAGUAAUAGUAAGAAUCCAUUCCCUGUCUCCCACUCUACAACAGGUGCGUCUAGUCACUAUGCACCAACUGAUUUUGCAAAGACAGGUUCGAAGUCGGUACCUGAAUUUACUACUGGCGAUCUAGAAGAUGAUAUUGCUUCACGAUAUCCAGAUCUGAGUGAAUUGGAAGCACAAGUAACGAAUCAGACUGAUAUGUCUUCUCAAAAAGCUUAUGAACUUUCAAAGCGAGAAGAUGAAAUUGCAAAGUUGGCAGAUGAUGCUUUUGCGAGUUUUUUGAGACCUACAGAGUCUAAUAGUCAGGAUGCGAAUGUUAAAGAUGAGUCUCAAAAUCAUCCACCUUCUUCUUCUAUUGUCAUGGAUGCUCAGAAGUCAGAAAAGACUGGCUCUUCAGAUGAAUUACCAGGUCCUUCCCAUUCUUUUAAAUCAUCCAGUGCAUUUCCUAAUGAAUUUCUAAAGUUCGAAAUUCAAGAUCCUCAAACGACUAAUCACAAGUCACCUGUGAAUUUCGAAACUGAUGCAUUAGCGGGACCGCAUAAAGCAUUUCGGCAUUCAAAAUCGCUUUCACAGGGCUUACCUUACUCUUCUUCUCACUCUAAUUUGAAGUUAGAAGGUGAUGACGAGGUAUUUUCUUCUUUGCGUCGUCGGAAAUCAACUGCUGCUAAUCAGAAGUACAUAAGCCGCCCUUCCACGAAUCCAUAUAUCAAUCCUGAAGAAUUGAAUUACCCUGGUCAAGCAUUGCAAACUAACGAGAAAACAAUUCCGAACAACUUCUUUGCAGAAACAGGAAAAGUCGCCUCAAACCCUACUUCGUCGUCAAAUCCAAAUCUGUCUGACACUGAAGACAAGUCUUUCUUCCCCUCUUUUAACCAACUCGAAAGGACAAGUAGCAUACAGAGUGAUUGGAAUUCACACGAAUUUCAACCGCCUAUGCUCUCAACCAAGAAUCCGUAUUUGAAACAACUUUCUCCUGAAAGCUAUGCAAACAAUCCGGUACAUAAUCAUGCUGAAUAUGGUUUAAAUCCUUCUAACUCUGAACAACCUCAAAUCCAAGAGAUUGAAGGAGCAAAGAAUCUUUUUGAUGAUGAGCUGCAGAAAACCACUUCGUAUCCGAAUCCAGGUAUAGCUAGUGCUACGAAUGAUGUAUCUCAAACGGUUCCUACGAAUUUUUUUGAUAAUGAAACAGAACCUAAUAACUACGAUUCUCUAUCCAGACAGCAUAGCUCUCAUUUCAACACUUCUUUCCAAGAGGAAUAGAAGCUUUCACAAAGCUUAAAUUUUGAUGUACGCUUCUAUAAUGAUCUGAAUUUUGCUACUGUCUUGCAUCAAGGUUUCUCAAUGACUUCUGAUUUAUGAAAUCUCUACAUUCAAUUUUGAAAAUGUAAUAUCACUAUUUUAUGCUGCUAUCUGUUUUAUUGAUAUUGUGGAAUCUUGUAUAUACUCGACUACUACAUAUGAUGACAGAAUAAAGAACCGGGAAAUAAUGCUUAUAUUAUUAUCCGGGUAUAUUUUUUUGAGUUUCCGAUAGAAAUAAACAUUAAU